CUAAAAUAUUAAGUAUUGCUUUUACAAAUAAUUAAGAUCAACGAAAUUCACCAUUUUAUAUUCGAACAGAUUUUAUUAUUGAAAAAUAUGAAGGUAUUAGAAUUUAGUUACGUGAUAUUUACUGCCAGCGUCACAUUCUCAACACUUGUAAAAGGCCAAACUCCCAUCAUUAAUACGACAGAAGCAUCGAAAUCCACCACUCAAUUGUUCACUCAAACGGGUGUAACGACACCGAUAACAACAGUGCCGGUGUCACAAGAUUCCGGAGAACUUACAACGAAGCCUAUAUUGACCCAGCAAACACAAACCCCUACAACCGAUAAUGAUGCAACUCAUCCAAUAUCCAAACGAUCAACGAAUUCCUUGCCGAACGAUUUGACGACGAUAUCGACAAAAGGAGUUUUAACUACUAAUAAAAAAGGUAUAACAAACGAUCCAGGUUUUGCCGGUAAAAUUGUCGGCGUAAUGCUUGGCAUUGCGGCCUUCACAGCAUUGCUAAUAAUCGGGGGAACCGCAUUGCAAAAGUACUUGAGAAGGCGAGCAAUAAAGAAGGCAGAAAAACCUGAACCACCUUCAAAUUUCAACAAUCCUGUAGAUUUCAGUGGCAACGUAGAUUCAUCUGUAUAAUAGUGAAGAUAUAGCAGAUGACACCAAGAUACCGUUUUAUCUGACUAGAAAUGAAAUAUGCGCCAGUAUACACAGUCUGCGUGAGAAAGAAAGAAUGCUGAAUGCCUGAAGAAAUUAAUAAGUGUUACAACGUUCUAUCACUUUUGAUGCAAUUAAAUGUAAAUAUUAUUUAAAUAUGCAAAAAUAUGUGAUGGAAAUCGGAAA